GACUAGUGAAACUCUUAGCAGAUCUGAGUACUAGGCUUAUCGUUCAAAGUUAACAGAACAAAGUUUUCAGAUGAAAAGGAGCCAUUGUCGCGUACAUAUAUCAUUUUUUCGUGCCGUUUUUAUUAUAAAAGUGUCGGGUUACCAGUUUUCAUGUACAUUUUUAAAAGUUGUAUACGAUCGUGCUCGGACGAUAUUAGUGAACUUGUCUCGAUGUUUCUUCAUCAUCAAACUGCUCGUAAUUAUUGAUAUGCUGCUUCAGACAACGUACAUUUGCAGUUAAUCCUUACUGGCUGCUCUUCAGUAACGGUCCAAGGGAAAUUUUUGAGAUGGAUCCCAAAUGCCCUGAUGCAUUCGUUGCAGCAGUUUCUUGGCCAACUAUAAAACUUAAACUUUUCCAGCAAUACGUCAGGCUGCUGCCGAGAGGACUGAGAAAAAAUUAGAUCGAUGUUUUUAAAUCAUGCAAGCAAAUUUUCAGGCGAUACAACCAAUAUAUCCCUCCAAAGCCCAAUAAGUGUCCCUUUUAGAUUUCGGAGAAUUAACUGAAGAUAUUCCAUUUUAAGGAUCUCCAAAAUCCGAAGAAUAUCUGGUCAUCAGAGCCACUUUUUUAAAAUACAGCACCCCGUUGCCUUCUUCUGCACCAGCAGAGCGCUUUUGUCAAUAUGCAGCGGGCCGUGUUACUGCACCGAAAAUUCGCAUUGAAGUGGUCAGUUAUCUCGAAAUUGCGCUAUGGAUUUUCGUGAUUAAGCCUAGUACUCACAUCGACGAAAACCGCGAGCUAACCAUAGGAGUGGGCGAGAGGCAAACAGGCGGCUAAAGCUUUUCGUCGGGUCUGUUUUUCAGCGCGGUACUCAGAUAAGCUAAGGAAAUACCAGAAAAAAUACCAGAUUUUGCGAGUGACUUUUCGAUGAACGCCGUUAGCCGCGGCCCAAAGAAUAAGAAAUUUAAUCUUUGGCUGUGUUCGUGCAGAUGCGGGUGGAAACCAAAAUUCAAAAAUGGAAAUAAAACUCAAAAUCCACGCCAAAAACACCUUCAAGAGUUUAGUUCUAAGGAAAAAGCGCGCUUAAUCCAAGCUGUGGAGGAGCGCCCAGUGUUGUGGGACUUGGUCCACAAAGAGCAUUUCGAUGCUGUGUUUAUGAAGAGAACCUGGGAGGAGAUUGCGCUGGUCAUGGGCAAAGAUUAUAAUAGUUGCAAGCUGGCUUGGAAGUCCCUGCGGGACAGCCUUAAGUAUCACAACAAGGUCAGAAAGCAGAAGAGUGGAAGUGCUAGAGGAGAUCUACUGGAGAAGCCCAGUGGAAAGGAGUGUGCCGAGUGGGAAUUCGCUCCGUACAUGGACUUCUUGCCGGACGUGUCCUCGCAAAGAAGCAGAACCACCAGUAGUGUGAUCUCAGACGAGAUCUCCAUUGAAGACUGGACACUGGACUCCACGACAAUCAGCUACUCUGCAACUGAAGCGGAGCUGGAGGCCGCGAUACAGGAUGAGGUACCCGAGGAAUUAUAUACCUACGGAGGAGGAAAAAAGCCACCCCCAAAGAAGCGAAAGCUGGAUGGUGAUGGCUCUCCAGCCGUGGCCAUGUGUAACAUGCUGGGGGAAUUCCUGCAGCAUGAGGGGAACAACACCACUCUUUCAAGGCCCAUAUUGACCUAUUGGAAUGGGGAGCUGAACUCCAUGCGUCCGGAAGAUGCUGCCAGAAGAAGAUGACGCAGCUUCUGUGGGACGAGAAAG